CAGUCUCGCGAUACUACAUGCUCUAUGCGCGUGCGCCGCCGCCUCGCGCACGUCGGAGGAGCUGAGUUGGAGGAUCAUGGCGGAGCGCAGGAGACACAAGAAACGGAUCCAGGAGGUGAGCGAGCCCACCAAGGAGGAGAAGGCAGUGGCCAAGUAUCUCCGCUUCAACUGCCCCACCAAGUCCACGAACAUGAUGGGCCACCGGGUCGACUACUUCAUCGCCUCCAAGGCAGUGGACUGUCUGCUGGACUCCAAGUGGGCCAAGGCUAAGAAGGGAGAGGAGGCGCUGUUCACCACCAGGGAGUCUGUGUUGGAUUACUGCAACAGACUUCUGAAGAAGCAGUUCUUCCACCGGGCCCUCAAAGUGAUGAAGAAAAAACCUGAGAAAGACGCCAAGAAGGAGAAGGAGAAAGAGAAGGCCAAGGGCGACAGCAGCAAAGAGGAGGAGAAAAAAGGGAAGAAGGAGAAAGAGAAGAAGAAGGAGUGUGAAGUUGCUGAAACCAAGAAAGAGAAGAGCGAUGACAGUCCUGGAACCCCCAAGAAGAAGAAGGAAGUGAAGAAGAAGUUUAAACUGGAGCCUCAUGAGGAUCAGCUGUUCCUGGAUGGGAAUGAGGUUUACGUGUGGAUUUACGAUCCUGUCCAUUUCAAGACAUUUGCCAUGGGACUGAUCCUCGUCAUUGCAGUGAUCGCAGCCACGCUGUUCCCACUGUGGCCUGCAGAAAUGCGUGUAGGAGUUUACUAUCUAAGUGUCGCAGCGGGCUGCUUCGUGGCCAGUAUAUUGCUUCUAGCUGUCGCCCGCUGCAUCCUCUUCCUGAUCAUCUGGCUGGUGACCGGCGGGCGUCAUCACUUCUGGUUCCUCCCCAACCUGACGGCAGACGUCGGUUUCAUUGACUCGUUCAGGCCGCUCUACACUCACGAGUACAAAGGACCACGAGCCAGCAACAAGAAGGGCUCAGAAAAGACGGACGACAAGGACAGCGGUGCCUCCACCAAGGCCCAGAAAUCAGACAGCGACGAGAAGUCAGACAGCGAGAAGAAGGACGCCGACGACGAAGAGGAGGAGGAAGAGGAGGAGAGCAAGGAGGCAGGGCGGGAGGAGAGUAAAGAAGCAGAGGGGGAGGGGACAGGGCCGGACCACCACUCAGACACAGACAGCGACCGGCGCGAGGACGAAGGCUCGCAGCAUAGCAACGGAAACGACUUUGAGAUGAUCACCAGGGAAGAGCUGGAGCAGCACACAGAAGAGGAGGAAGAGGAGGAGGAGGAGGAGGAGGAGGAGGAGGAAGACGAGGAAACGCAAGAGAGGAAAGAAGAGGGUGGGAGUGAGACUAAACCCCAGACUGCUCAAACAUAAACUUCUUACAGUCCCAUCACUCUCUACUUUUCUCUCUCUGUCCUUCCCUCCUUCCUUCCUGUGAUCCAGGACCUGAUAGUCCGGUCUCUCUGAGCCCACAGAGGCCACUGAGAGCCUCCAUCUCUUCUUGUUGAGAUCUUCCACUAAACAGUACCAAUAGACCAGAACCGGGAGAGACACAACACUGAAAGGUUAACGGCUACGACAAUGGGGGAAAAAUGUUUAAAAAAAGAAGAAAAAGCCUUAUGGUGGAUCUGAUUCCUCCCACCCAGAUUGUUAUUUAUAUUAAAAUGAAAACUGCCACCGGACGUUUUGCCUGAGGAAGUUGUCAAGAAAAAUCCAUCAGACCAACAACAACCUUUUUUUUCCCUUCUCUCUCGCUCUUUUUUUCUGGGUUUCUCAUCUCAUGAAGUUGCUUCUUUCUUUGUGUCUUUGAUUUAAUUUGGAUAAUUGAGGUCAAAUCCAGAUCUAAGAGCUACCACACUAAACUGACCAGUAAGAGAAGACGUGCUCAGUGUCGUCUUUGAUACAAUCAUGGUAGACCUGGAGAAAUCCAGAAAGCCCCUUUUUCUGUCACCUUUCUCUUUUUUUUUCUUGGUGUUUUGGUGAUCAAACGGUUGCUUCACAUCCUGUCAAACGCCAGAGAGUCUGAUAGCUUUCUCAGGCAGCACUAAAAGCAAACUGACCAGCAUGUCUGCUUUGAAACUAAGCCGGAUGGACCAAAUCCUGUAGUUUACUAUUCAAAUAAAAACAAGAAAGACAGAAAUAAACGUGACCAUAUUGUGGCUGGAUAGAGUGUUUGGAGAGCAGAGUAGUAUGGCUCUUUGAGGUACUUGCCAUUGUCAGUAAGAAACUUUUCUUUUUUUCAUAAAUGGCUGAUCUUUAUAGUGCAAUCCUCUCACAGUCUGACAUAUGCUAGUUCAUGGUUAAUAAUGUGGGACUCAUCUUUAAGAGUAAAUGUGAGCAACUGGGACACAGCUGGCGCACUUAAUUUUCUUUUUUAAAAAAAGAUCGCAGCAUUUGUUGUACAACUAAAGCUAUGAGAUACAACGUUGACUGAUUUUUUUGCAAACAGAACCGAGAUUUUAAAAAAAGUGACACAAACUCUAGUGCCAAACACGACGACUAAUACCGACAUUAUGCAUGCUGAUUUAAUAGUGUGAGAGCGAGGGGUACAUUUUGUCAAUUCGUUUCAUUUUGUAACCACAGUGUCAGACUCCUCGAACCUUUUCACAUCUUUGACAAAAUAAAGAGGAAAACGAAGUACAGCUCACGGUUGUUAGUGUGUAGCUAAAUGAAGAUUUUUUUUGGUCUCAAUGAAACCAUUUAAUAAAAAGGUGUUCGCAUUAGAAUCACAUCCAAAUAAUAAAUUAAAAAAACCAAACAGUCCUAGAAAUAGCGGGUGUUCAUCACGAAUUCAGCUCCGCCGACUGGUACGAGCUCGUUCCCACUCGGAGCCCAGUACCCGGCGACUGUGGUCCAAGCUGUUCCUUCACAUUAUCUUCUGGCUAGAAAAUGUCUUAGAUGCUCUUUUUAGUUAUAGUGAGGAUUAUAUUUAAGUAUAAAAAAAUAGAAAUGUAUCAUUUAUAUAUGGAUUCUAUUGAUAUAUCAGAUAUAUACAUACAGUCUAAGAAAAACUAUAAAACUGCUUUUUUCUCCUCCUCCUUUUCUUUUGUAUGGGGAAUAAUAAUUAUACCUCGUAAGUGUUUAUAAUGCUCAUUUUUGUUUUUAUACGAUCAUCAAGAGUGUACUCAUUAUUUAAACAUCUGGGAUUAGAAAACUGGGGAAAUUUAUUAGAUAUCAGCAUCUUUGUUUAUUUUCUUAUUUUUAUUUUCUUGUCACAACAACAUUGAUUGUGUGAUCUGGCUGGGUGUUUGUUGUUUGUGCGCCAUCACAUCUGUAUUUCUCUCACUAACAAAGGUCAGUCAUUAACCCAAGGUUAUAAAACCAGUGGCUUGUGCCACACUGACAGCAACCUGCCAUUUCCCACAUGAUCUAACAUGGCAAAAAAACAAUAUUUUAAUAUAUUCCACACACUUUCUGUACAGUUGUCCUUUUUGUUUUGCCUAAAAAAUGAACUCGCCUCAACUGUAUUUAGUAGUUUGUUCUCCUGUCUCCUGUAAUCCCACUGAGGUUUGUAGCUCUUUGACUUUCUAACUCACACACCACAAUGUUGUUGCUCUUUGUUUGUUUUCUAAUAUCUUUGUUUUGUUUUUUUUUCCUCCUUCCCCAAAUGGGCAAAGUGCAUCUCUGUGUCCUCUGAGUUGCCAGUCGCUCAAUGUUGGUAAAAACCAUUUCACAAAAGAGAAAAUAAAUGAUUCUCCCUACUGUUCUUGACUGUUGCACAGUAUCGGUCUGUUGUAUAUUGUAGUAUUAUUACUCUCUAUGCUGCUGCUUCUCAUCGCACAUUUCUGGGGGAAAUAAAAGUGAAAUUGUAAAACAUCCAUGUUUUAUCUCUGGUCAAAAAACUCUUUUGAUCACCUAGUUGUCCACAUUUUGGAUCAAUGUCAUUCUGAAGACUGUUUCAUGCAAUAUUGGAGUAUAAUUUAAUAAAAUUGGAUGUCUGGAAAUAUAUCUGUAUCUUAUCAUUGCAAUAAAAAUAUAGAAAGCA